AUGACGUUGGCGACAAAGAAAAUGUCGAGGGCGAAAAAAAUGAUUGAAGCUGCUUGCAACCGAAGCAAUCAAAAUGACAUAAUAUUUCUCACAAAGGAAUCGAUUGAAAAUAUGCCUGUUAUACUGGCUUCCGGUUCGUCAAUAAUUGACACACCAGUUGAUGUUGCGGCAACAUCUAAUGCUAUUACAGAAUUGGUCAUGGAAAUGCAGCCACUAGCUGAUGGGGCAUUAACAUCUGAUGCUUUUACAGAAGUGAUCAUGGAAAUGGAACCAAUAGCCUAUGGUUCGUCUCUGUGUUCCCGUCCGUUAAUAUCGGUUACUGAGGAAUGCAUGGAAUCAUCCGGACCAGCUACAACUUCACAGGCUACACCACGUUAUGAUAACAAUGCUACCUGCAUUGACAACUAUCUAAGCGAUGAAAGUGACUCAUUACAACUUGUACCCUAUUCUGAGCACUCAGAUUCAAACAGUGAAGAAGAACCAAGAGGAGAAGAUGAUAGAAAAGUAAUAUAUGAAAGGUUUUGGGGGAUGACUUGGGGAGAAAAAAAGAUUUUCGUGAAUAGUCUUGUACAAGAGAUACCUACAAAACGGCCAAGAGAUAGAAAAGACCCAUCUAUUUCAAAGAGAAAAAGCUCAAUGAUUUAUAACUUGCUUUUGAAAGAUGAACAGCGUGUUAGAGUCUGCAAAACGAUGUUUCAAAAUACUUUGUAUAUCACGAAAAUGACCAUCUGGAACUGGAAAAAAGGUAAAGAAAAUACCUCUCACAAUGAAAACCAAAAUGUAUCUGCCAGAAAAAAUCCCCACGAAGAAGAGGUAGAAUCACUUAAAGAGUUUUUGAACAAUAUACCAAAAAUGGAAUCCCACUAUUGCCACAAAACUACAUCAAAGCUUUAUUUGUUACCAGAAUGGACAUCAAAAAGAGCCCUGUACAAAUUCUACGAAAAAUACUGGUGCGCGUCGCGGAAUAUUAAACCUCUGUCAAUAGCAAAAUUCAGCAACACUUUAGAAAUUGAAAAUAUAUCACUGUUUAAGCCGAAAAAAGAUGAGUGCGAAAAAUGCCUAUCCCAUAAACUCGGAAAUAUAUCUGAUGCAGAACUUAAGGAACAUAUAGACAGAAAAAAUGAAGCCCGAAUUGAAAAAGAAAACGAUAAAAAUUCAGAAGAACUCGUAUUUACGAUGGACACACAAGCUGUGUUACUAGCACCUAAAUCUAAUGUUUCAUCUCUGUAUUAUAAAACCAAGCUAUGCACACACAAUUUCUGUUUAUUGAAUUUGAGAAACAAAGAUGGAUUUAGCUAUCUUUGGAAUGAAACUGAAGGUGGGCUAUCGUCUGACAACUUUGCAACGAUAAUAGUCAAGUUUAUUACAGACAAACUUCUGCCGAGCAUUCACAGAGAACCUGAAAAGGAUAUUAAAAUUAUAUUAUACAGCGACGGAUGUACAGCACAAAAUAGGAACGUGGUAUUGGCAAAUGCUUUACUGAAUGUGGCAACGUUAAACAAUAUUGUAAUUGAGCAAAAGUAUUUGGAGGUUGGCCACACCCAAAUAGAGGCUGACUCUAUGCAUGCCACCAUAGAGAGGAAGCUGAAAAAUAAAAUUAUUCAUGUGCCAGCUGAAUAUGUAGGAGUUUGUCUAGGAGUACGCAUACAUCCUAAGCCCUACAACGUAUCUUACUUAUCGCAUGAUUUUUUUAAAUCCUUUGGAAGCCUACAAUAUUAUAAAUCUAUUAGACCAGGAAAAGCGACAGGAGACGCUAAGGUCACAGACAUUCGUGCGCUGCAAUAUAAAAAAAGGGAAGAUAUACUUUAA